UGAGAAACUGUUCCAAGGAGGCAGGAGAAAGAUUAGUAUAUAUGUAUUCCUGGUAAAGGAGCAGUACAUGCAAUCAAACACUUUUUUUGUAGGGGGUUUCUGCGAGUCACUAAGAGGAGACGUCACCAUGUAAGGAUUUAGUGCUUUUCUAGAUAUGAGGAGAUGCAAGGGUUGGGCUUAUAGAAUCAGCUCCUGAAACAUCUAACUAUCUGAAGACCUGUUCCACCCAUUUUCCAAAGCACAGAGGGCCUCCUUCCCAAUCUCCACCCUGAAUUCCCUGCAGGGGAUGUGGAAGGUCAGCAUCUACAGCACAAUGUGAUUUAGUCCUUGUCCAGGCAGAUGGCAAGUUCCAAUUUAUAGCGGACAAAUAUUAAGGGUAGAAUCUAGGUGGUGAGUGCUCACUGUAAAAUUAUUUUGGCUUCUCUGCUUGUUUGAAACUUUUCCAAAUAAAAUAUUAGGACAGAUGUGAGGCUGGUACAGGCUCUUGCGGCCGCUGUUUCUGACCCGGGGUUAACAAUCAAGAUGGUCCAUGCUGAAGCCUUUUCUCGUCCCUCGAGUCGGAAUGAUGUUGUUGGCUUAAUUUUCCUUUUGACAAUAUUUGGUGUAGUAAGAUACUUUACAAUCAAAUGGAUGGUAGAUGCAAUUGAUCCCACCAGAAAGCCAAAAGUAGAAGCUCAGAAACAGGCAGAAAAAUUAAUGAAGCAAAUUGGUGUGAAAAAUGUGAAGCUUUCAGGAUAUGAAAUGAGUAUUGCUGCCCAUCUUCACAUGCAUGUUACUUGGAGUGAUAUAGCGGGUUUGGAUGAUGUCAUUACAGAUCUGAAAGACACAGUCAUCUUACCUAUCAAAAAGGAGCAUUUGUUUGAAAAUUCCAGGCUUUUGCAGGCUCCAAAACGUGUGCUUCUCUAUGGGCCUCCAGGCUGUGGUAAAAAGUUGAUUGCCAAGGCUACAGUCAAAGAAGCAGGUUGUCGAUUUAUUAACCCUCAGCCUUCAACACUGAUGGAUAAGUGGUAUGGAGAAGCUCAGAAACUGGCUGCUGCCGUUUUCUCCCUUGCCAUAAAGCUACAGGCUUCCAUCAUCUUUAGAGAUGAAAUAGACUCCUUUCUACGAAACCGUUCGAGUUCUGACCAUGAAGCUACAACCAUGAUGAAAGCUCACUUUAUGAGUCUCUGGGAUGGAUUGGAUACUGAUCACAGCUGCCAGGUCAUAGUGAUGGGAGCUACUACUCGUCCUCAGGAUCUUGACUCAGCUAUAAUGAGGAUAAUGCCUACAAGGUUUCAUAUCAACCAGCCUGCUCUAAAACAAAGAGAAGCAAUCCUGAAACUCAUCUUGAAAAAUGAAAAUGUGGAUAGGCAUGUGGACCUGCUAGAAGUUGCCCAGGAAACUGAUGGGUUUUCAGGAAGUGACUUAAAAGAGAUGUGUCGAGAUGCUGCCCUCCUCUGUGUCAGGGAGUAUGUUAAUUCUACAUCAGAAGAAAGCCAUGAUGAAGAUGAAAUUUGACCUGUGCAACAACAGAACCUGCAUCGGGCAAUUGAAAAGAUGAAGAAAUCAAAGGACGCAGCGUUUCAGAAUGUUUUAACACGUUUGUUUAGAUUGAGUAAAGAUCAUUUGUACAGUUCAACGUGACCUCGUUUGGUGUGCCCUCUUAUCAUUAGUGGAAAUAGAACAGAAGGAGGCGUGUUCUUCAGAUAGUGAGGGAGCGAUGUGUUCAUGACACUGGUUUUAUACUCUGAAUUCUAAGUUAUGGAGAUAUAGUUGUUAU